UGCUUGUUGUAAACUUCCCUCUCAAAUGGUGAAAAGACAUUUAGGCAUUUAUUAGAAAGUUCAUUACUGUGACGGCUGUAGCUAUUGAUAUUUUGACGGUGGUUCAUCCGCCAUAAAGUGUCUCCAAAACGGUUUGAUAGACAAAAUAGUACCAUUUUUUUCAUUCAUUCGACAUUUAUUAUGUGUCCACGCCUACCUGGUGCUGAACACAGGUGAAGGUGCAGGUGCAGGCUCCCAGUGUGAUGGUAACCCUCUGUUGAAAAAGGGCCUUUGCAGGGUGGAGGCGCAGCCAGGAGCUGUCACAUGAACUCACAGGACCACAACACCUGAGUCCGAGCUGACCCUACGCUCAGCAGCGAGGAGGCAAAACUUGGGACUUGGCAAAGGUUUUCCCCUCGCUGUCGCAACUGUGGCACAAAGUCUCCCCGGUGCAAACUUUGGAACUGUUUGAAGAAGAGGUGGCACAAUGGAUAAGGAUGGAGUGGACUACGAGUACUCCGAUUUUGACCCUGUGCCCAACAGGAUUAUAAAGGAAGUCAUUCUUCCAUGUGACCCGACUGCAGAUGACAGGCUCUACCACAUAUGCAUCAGCGCAGUGUCUCUCGUCGUCAUGGUGAUCUUGGCAGUUUUAGCCAGGCGCAUAAAGGCGGGCAGCAGACAGAAAGGACUGUCAGGUUUACUCAGCCCGGUCAACUUCCUGGACCAUACUCAGCACAAGGGCCUGGCCGUGGCCGUGUUUGGAGUGCUCUUGUGCAAACUCUGUGGACUCGUUGUAUCACCAAACCCUCUCCCCUUCACCACGGAGGCAGAGAACAAACAGAACUGGAUAAUCCUGGGUGUUUUCUUCUACCCCGCACUUUACUACCCUCUCCUGGCAUGUGGCACCUUGCAUAAUAAACUGGGCUACGUUCUUGGUAGCCUUUUGUCAUGGACACACUUUAGCAUCCUGGUUUGGCAGAAGAUAGAUUGCCCCAAAACACCACAGAUACAUAAGCACUACUCACUGUUUGCAAGCCUCCCCCAGAUAGCUUGCUUAGCGUUCCUGAGUUUCCAGUAUCCGCUCCUCCUCUUUAAGGGCUUAAAGGGCACAGAGAAGACUAAUGUUACUGAGGAUCUAAACAGCAGCUACUACAAUGACUAUGUGAAGAAACUGCUUAAGAAAAAGAAUCCCAUGCAAAUCAGCACAUCAAGCACAGAGACCCCUAAGCUCCCUCAACGAAUAAUUGAUGCUGUAAAGUCAUACAUUUAUACACCAGAGGAAGCUUUCCGAUUCCCUCUAAAGUUGGCCAUAUCUGGAGUAGCGUCAUUUAUCACACUCUAUCAGGUGGGCCUGCUGCUGAUAAUAUCCGUAGUGCCUUCACUACAGACUGCCCGCAUGGGAGUUGAUGAAGACAUCGCCAACGUCUUAGCCGGCUUCAAGAUUGUGCUCUCUCCAGAUAAACAUGAAGUGGUCAGAAUAGUGGUGUAUUACAUGUGGUGUGUGGAGGUGUGCUACAUCUCAGCGAUGACCCUGUCAAGCCUCGUCAACUUGGCAAUGUUCAUGAGGUCCAUGGUUCUCCAUCGGUCAAACCUGAAGGGGCUUUACAGGGGAGAUAUCUAUAAUGUUUAUAAUUGCCAGAGAAGUAUUCGAGCUUCGCGGCCUGCCCUGGUCUGCUGGAUGGGAUACACCAGCUUCACGGCUGCUCACGUCUGCAUCGCCAUGCUGAUCCAGACCAUGGUGUUCUUCCUCUGUCUUCUCAUUGCUGUCUUCCUCAUUAUCAUGCCCAUUCUGCACCAGCACAACCUGAUUCUCUUCCAGAUCAUGUGGAGCAUGUGGCCUUUCUGGCUGAUGAUCCUCCUGUCUGUGCUGAUUCAGCAUUUAACUGCCAGGUUUUGUUUUAUCAAAAAGACGGCGGGCACACGAGACCUUGACAACAGGGGAAACCUCUUCCUGCUGACCUUCCUGCUGUUUCCAGUCAAUGUUCUCAUCGGGGUGCUACUAGCAGUGUGGCGUGUGAUCAUCACAGCCUUGUUUAACAUCCUUCACAUGGGACGCAUGGACAUCAGCCUUCUCAACAGACAUGUGGAAGCAUUCGAUCCAGCCUACCGCUGUUACGCUCAUUAUCUGAAGAUUGAGGUGAGCCAGUCCCACCCUGUGAUGAAAGCUUUCUGCGGGAUGCUGCUGCAGUCUGCGGACCAGAAGGACAAUGUCACGCAGAGGUCGCGGGAUGCUGAAGAGGGGAUCCAGCUGGUCCAGCAGGAGAAGAAGCACCUGAAGAUCUCCAGCGCCAAGCGAGCCCGAGGCCACUGGCACCUCCUCUACACGCUGGUCAACAACCCCUCACUGGUGGGCACCCGGAAGCACUUCCAGCAGCGCACGGCCACCGAGGGCUUUCUGAACGGGAGCCUGAAGGGCAGCAGGAAGGAAGCCGAGGCGGCCGCCUGCAACUGAACAUGAAGACGUCCAAAACGAUUCAUAACGGCCACGUUGUUGUUUUCAGUACGGAUCUUCCUCAAGUCCUCCACACUUUGUCCCGUGCAGGCCUCGAGGUCAACAUGGGUCACAUGGCCUCUUGUAGGUGGGAGGAGCUUGUGUGUCUACCGUACAUCAUAAUGUGCAAUUUAUUCAUCUCAACUAAAACACAUAAAUGUGCUAAAAACAAUCAUUUUCAAGAGGGUAUAUUUAUUCUUCAAAGUGACUAUUUAUCAUUAGCUGUUACUUUUCAGUGGAAUGUUCUACAAACAUGACCUGAUUUAUUCUGUUGUUUUUUUAGACAAUCUGAAUAUCAUAAAGCACUGGAAAUACAAAUACAAAAUGACAUAAGAGAGACAAAAACACAAUCCCCCCCCCAUUUAUUUUUCUUUACAAAUAAAUCUAGUGAGAAGAAAAGUAUCGCGUCUAUUUUUUUCACACAUUUCUCAGCAAAAUGAACGACAAAUCCAAGUUUUAUUAAUUUAUUAAUCCCAUUUACAAGAAAUGAUAGAG